AAGGCCUAGUACGCAAAUUGUUCCAAAGUGUAAAGUAAUUAUUAGGGAGUGUGUGAAAAGGGAUACAACAAUGAAUAACACAACGACGCGCAGUAUUCGCAUGUUAACACUAGGGAAUCGGAUAGAUAUUUGUAAUUUAUUUGAUCAAGGAGAAUUGAUAGAAGACAUUGCGGAUGCUUACGCGAUAGCCCCUCAAUCCGUGAUAAAGAUUACAAAGCAGAAAAAAAAGUUACACAAGUAUUUGGCCAUGGGUAUAGAUCUUAAUGUAUUGCGCGUGCGACUUCCCAACGCACUCAAAAAAGACCUCACAAAAAAGAAAAUCGAAUCGCAGCAGCAAGUGAAGAAAGCGGGGCCCGUGGAGGAGGAAUCGGACACAACCGAUUCGCACGAGAACAAAAGCCAUUCGGAACGUCGCAGCAGGGCAGCCAAGGAAAAGCUUAUACAAGAUCCUGCCAAUCCGAGCUAUGCGUACGCAGCGAAGGAUGUGUUUUUUGCGGACGUAAUUUCUGUGCAGUACGGAGGGAUCGAUAAUCCGCUAGAUGUCCUGUGUGCCACGAACAUGGACGGGAGUGUGAAAUUGCCUCUCUUGGUGGUCGGUAUGAAUGCGCCACGAAAGGGCUGUACAGACACGCACAGCAUGCCCGCGGUUUACAUAGUCCAAAUUAUGGGAAGGAUGACGGAGAACAUAUUCCUAAGGUGGGUGAAAAAAAUGGACACGACGUUUGCCAGGAUGCAGCAGAAGGUGGUCGUCUUCGUGCGAGAAUCAAAGGCAGUAUCGAACACCAUGGAAAUAGAUACCAAGUUCGUGGACGUAUACUUUGUGCCAGCCAAUGCUGUUUCGGUUCUGAAACCGCUCACAACUGGGAUAUCGAAUAAAUUGAAAAACCGCUAUCUGUACAAAGUCAGGCAAGAGCAGGCAACCUCGAACAAGGAUAUGGUGCUAGAGGAAGCACUUCUAAUCUUGCAAGAUAUUUGGAUGAAAGAAGUCGACCUACCCUCCAUUCGGAAGGGUUACGAAAAUGCAGAUUUCUCGAAAUAUUUAAAUACUUUUACCGUGUCGGCUGCUCUCAAUAAGCAUGAAGAUGAGGCUACAGAAGACUACAGAAUAGCAGAGGAGCUCGAGGAAACAGAUUACGCAACAACCCAUGAGUACCGGGAUGAUUCUGAUGAGCAAAUUGAGGAGUGCAUUGAAACAGUAACAGUUCCCCACGAGCACAGUUCGUUCCAGUUGAGUGAAACUUUUGAUUUGCCGGAGAUCAUAGAAUGCACUGAAGGAGACGAAAUAUUCGUGACUGAAUAUGACGACUGUUCGCAGGAAGUAGAGUCUAUAUCUUACGAGUAUGUAGAGGAGAUCGUAGAGAACUCUGAUGGAAUAGAGUACGUAGAAAGUACGGAGUACGGAGAAAUAUCUCCAAACGACGAAUGCGUCGAUAUGGUAUAUGAUAAUGUUACUUACGACAUGGGAAUUACCAAAGACCAGCACUCUGGUCAUCCAAAUGUCUUAAAAAAUGAUGUCCGAACAGAGGCAGAACAAACGGAAGCCCUGCCCGUGAUGAGCAACUCGAACGAAAUGGAAACGAGUAACCUCGUCGCUGUGAGAAAUGUGAGCAUACAUGAAAACGAACCUUCGAUCGCCACCUCUCUGGAUACUGUAUGGCGCAAUCUACUAACAACAGAGGAUGUUCCCGAGUCCUUAUUCCAGAGGUUCUAUGAAUUGGAACAUUUCUUAAAAAGUCAAUAACACUCUACUGCUGCACCAGCGCAUCCAACGAGGCUCUAGUUUAUACAUUUGAUUGAGCUACCGUUUUCACUAACAGAAUUUAAUUUACGCUUUGCACAACUCGCCAAUCACGAAGGUUAUUUUUUAUUGUAAAAUUAAACCAAUGCGAUAAAGGAUUCUUUUUUUUCAUCAUCACAAUAAACAUUUGUAAAAAAAUAACAACACGAAUCAUUUAAACGAGGGCACCUGCAUUCAAAUGUAUGCCAAAUAUUUAGGGUGUUUUCUUAAAUCGCAAACGUUACUUUUCAUCAAUGAGAUUCUCAAUUUACGGUGUCUACGGCUGAUCUAUCGUUUCAGCGGUAGCUUUAGAACCGAAUUUGUAAUAACUUUUUCAUUAGAUCUGCGAAAAUAAUGAUUUACAUUGGAUAUACAGACAAUUUCAUUGAUUUUUUCAACAUACGAGACGAGAUUAUUUCUAAGUAUGAAGAUAAAGAGGAUCAUUCGAUAUCGGUGACUAUUCCAUCGCUGACGUUGAACAAAUUUUCUUCUUCCGAUUCCAUCACCGAGAGAAGAGUGUUUUGCGAGUGCAAUUUCUCGUAUUGUGUCCGUUCCAGCGCCGUGUUGGCCAGCAGAGUUCUCGAAAAAUCCAUCAGUUGCCCACCAUUCUUGAA